UCAUUUUCAAUAUUGAAUACGCUAUCAUUGACAUAUUAACCAGGUAGAAAGAGAAAAUAAAAAAAAAAAAAAACUAAAAAGGGUUGCGUUUCUGGGUUUUGGAAUUUUCAUUCAGAAAAUUAACCCUAAAUCAAACCCACCAUAAUCAAUAUCAUCAAGUUACAAUCUUUUACAUCUACCAUCAUUCUAUUCUGGUUUUCAAUCAAAAGGGUAUUUUUAGAUUCUCGAAAUUUUGAUGGCAAAUCUGUACGUGAAAGCUGUGCCACCUGCGGAUCUGAACAGGAACACAGAGUGGUUCACGUACCCUGGUGUUUGGACAACCUAUAUUCUCAUCUUGUUCUUUUCAUGGAUCCUUGUUCUCUCUGUUUUUGGUUGUUCACCUGGAAUCGCUUGGACCAUCGUCAAUCUCGCUCAUUUCCUUGUAACAUAUCACUUUUUCCACUGGAAGAAAGGAACUCCAUUUGCUGAUGAUCAGGGGAUCUACAACAGAUUGACAUGGUGGGAGCAGGUUGACAAUGGAAAGCAGCUCACUCGUAACAGGAAGUUUUUGACGGUUGUUCCUUUGGUUCUGUACUUGAUAGCCUCACACACAACUGACUAUGAACACCCCAUGCUGUUCUUCAACACGGUCGCAGUGUUUGUUCUAGUUGUCGCGAAGUUCCCCCACAUGCACAAGGUCAGGAUAUUCGGUAUCAACGCUGAUAAGUAAUAAGUGUUUUAUGUGUGUCCAUGAAACAAAACUGUGGUUAAGUAGCUCAUGAGCAUCUCUUGUUCCUUCUAUUGUUCUGGACAAAAAAAAAAGGUUGAACCUUUGUAUAGAAAGGCAGAACUUUGGAAGGAUACUCAAAAUCAAUCAAUGUUUUGUUGCCAACUGUUUUUUCUUAAGCUUCUUAUUCUAAGGUAUUGAAACAAAUAAAUAUGUUGAGUUAUUAUUUCUGUACAGUAGAGAAAAUACGUGUACCAGAGAUUAUGACGGUGCUUUUAAAUGUAGUAACUAGUAAGUACCUUUCUUUCUUUAAUGCCUUAGAAAACUCUUAUACAAGAAUGAUCCUUUGCAUUAGCGUUAAAUUUUA